CUUAUAAAUCACGCGAGUCGAGUAUGUAUAAUAUGUAUCGUAGAAGAAUAAAUUCAGAAAUCUGAAGAAAUGGCGAGUGGUGGAAAGGUGUCUUUCAAAGUCACUCUUACCUCCGAUCCAAAGCUCCCUUUCAAAGUGUUUAGCGUUCCUGAAGCAGCCCCCUUCACGGCUGUUUUGAAAUUCGCUGCUGAGGAAUUCAAAGUCCCUCCCCAAACCAGCGCUAUCAUCACCAACGAUGGUGUGGGAAUCAAUCCUCAGCAAAGUGCAGGAAAUGUGUUCCUCAAACACGGUUCUGAACUUCGGCUGAUUCCGCGUGAUCGUGUGGGAGCCUUUUGAGUGCCGAUAGACUUCUGUAUAAACCAUAGUCUGAUAGCACAUGGUUUCAAAAGAAAAUGAUAUAAACGCUAAAUAAUUUGUAGACCGUUAAGGUUAGGGAAGGAGUAGUUAUUUUUUGCCGUGUUCUUAUUGCACAUCAACUAAAUAGGAGAAGAGUUCUUUGGUGUAAUCGAGGGCUGUUAUUAUCUUCA